GAUGGCGGAGGAGGAGAGUCAGUGUGAGGAAUUUGAGCAAAUAGACUUUUUACGGGACCGACAUGUCCGCUUCUUCCAGAGAACACUGCAGGUGCUGCCGGAGAGAUACGCCUCGCUGGAAACCACCAGGUUAACCAUCAUAUUCUUUGCCCUGAGUGGUCUGGACGUGCUGGAUGCCCUUGAUGUGAUCGACAGGAAGCUCAUGAUUGAAUGGAUCUACUCUCUACAGGUUUUACCCGCAGAGGAUCAAUCAAACCUAAGUCGUUGUGGGUUUCGAGGAUCAUCACAUAUUGGAAUUCCUUACAGCACUAAGGGUCCAGGUGUCCUCCAUCCAUACGACAGUGGCCAUGUAGCUAUGACCUACACUGGGCUGUGCUCGCUGCUGAUACUGGGAGACGACCUGAGCCGUGUUAACAAACAGGCCUGUCUGGCUGGUCUCAGAGCGCUGCAGCUGGAGGAUGGCAGUUUCUACGCAGUGCCAGAGGGAAGUGAAAAUGAUAUACGCUUUAUCUACUGUGCAGCCAGUAUCUGUUACAUGCUGGACGACUGGUCAGGCAUGGACAUUCAGAAGGCCAUUGAGUACAUCAGAGGAAGUCUGUCGUAUGACAAUGGGUUCGGCCAGGGAGCCGGGAGAGAGUCCCAUGGCGGCUGGACGUACUGCGCCAUAGCCACUCUUUGUCUGAUGGGUCGCUUGGAGGAGGCGCUGAGUCAGCGGGAGCUGGACAGGAUCCGGCGCUGGUGCAUCAUGAGGCAGCAGAGCGGCUUCCACGGUCGUCCAAACAAGCCUGUAGACACAUGCUACUCCUUCUGGGUGGGAGCUACGCUAGAGCUGUUAGAUGUGUUCCAGUACACGAACUUUGACAAGAACAGGAGCUUCAUCCUGUCCACGCAGGAUCGGCUUGUGGGGGGAUUCGCCAAAUGGCCGGACAGCCAUCCAGAUCCUCUCCAUGCCUACUUAGGCUUGUGUGGCCUGUCUCUGAUUGGAGAACCCAGCCUGAGGAAGGUCCAUCCAGCUCUUAACAUCACCCAGAGAGCCUUUCAGCACCUCCAGCAGCUGCAGCAGACAUGGAGGGACGGCACCGGCAGCUGCGGCCGACAGCACUGACAGCAGGACGAGCCGCGGCUCCAGUCAGGAGCAGCUACCAGCGGUCAGUCAAAGGCAACUGGACGUUUGCUGCGUGUCUUGAAGAUGUUUGGCCGCUCGAUCUGAGAGGCCGCAUUCUUCGCUUGUUUGACACUCCGGUUACACAGCUGUAACUUCGGGGAGAAACAUUUCCGUUACACAAUCUACGCCGCACUUUUUUGCUGCCUUUUUUUUUUAGUAGACCGUAGUAAAUGAUAAUGCUCAUUGUGGUUUGUGGGAAUUAACAUAUGUGCCAGAGAGUCAAUGAGAGCCAUUGGAGACUUAAAGAAAUUCCAGAUGCCUCAAUUUUGCAAAGUCUUUAGAUUAUAAUGUCUCCUGUUCCUUAUCCUCAUCAUCAUGGUCAACAGCAAAGUUUACUGUACACUUCUCACUAACAAUUGAUUCAAUUUCUCAUAGACAUAAAGUAGAAUCCUGUAAGUCAGUGUAUUUCCAAGGAGGGAACAUCUAAAUGAUCUUUUUAGUAGAUCAGGCCGGUCUGAUUUAAUGUGAAUACGCACUAGAUAGAUAGUUAAUGAAUUAAGACCUUAUAUUCUACAUGACAAAUUGAAUUUUUCUUCACAAACCAGUAAAACCCCAGUGGUAAUACUGGAGUGAAUUCUUUAAAGAGUUUUAGAUUUACGUUCCUACAUUCUCAUACAAAAAGAAAAAACCACAGUCCUCCAGACAGAUAAUAGUGUUUUUUGUCUUCACCGGCCCUUGGAACAUCUCCAUCCUUACAUUGCUCUUGAAUUCUCAAAACCCUUAAGCUCUCGACUCCCAAAGGUGAUACCCGCCUGGCAGGUUUACUCUCCUGAGUUUCUCUCUUCGGGGUCCUCCAGUUUCACCACUUCAGGCUCUGCUCAGAGAUCAAGAGAUUUAAAUGAUAACACAACUCCUCUGAGGUCAAAUCUGUGACUGUAGUGAGGAGGGGAAAAUGUAAACCCCCCUCAAAAUAAGAUUAAAGUAUAUUUAGCUACGCGGCAGAAAAUCUAGUUUAUUGUUCACAUUUUUCCUAAAGGCAAAACAAAAAUGGAUUUAGCCUUAAGGGACUUAGUUAGGAGUGGGGAAAACCCCUUCUCUCCUACAAGCUUGUAGCUGUCAAUUUUAGCACAGAUCCAAAGCCCAACAUCCCCUUGACUCCAGAUCUGAUCUCUGCUCCUUCAGCAGCUUCCAUACUCGAGGCACGAGCUGCCCUGAAAUCAAUUGUAGGAAAGAUGAGGCAGUGGGGUUGUAACUUGGGGAGAUGUGUUCUUUUGAAAGGCACUGGAGAUGCAGUCCUUUUAUUUUUCUGAACAACAAGGAUUCAAACAAAAACUGAGAACAAUGUACAUGAGCACAAUGUGCCACCAAGAGUCGGGACAACUGGUCGUUUUAACAUCUUUAAACCGUUGACCAAGGUCCAUUCUUUCCUCAGAUUUGAAACUAAAUUUAAGUUCAUACAAGCCUUAGAACUGAUCCACAUAUGAGAAACAUUUUUUUUAAAGGUUGUAUAUAUAUAAAAUAUACAAUACAAGCCAAUAACUAUUUUCUGUGUAAAGAUAUUUCGGAGUAAACGCGUCCUUAGCAGAGAACUGACACUCCCUCUGUGUGUAGUGUUCACUAGCUUCCAUGCAGGGGCAUUAAGGAUCUGCUGUGUUCAAGCUGCAAGAUGGAACGCAGCAGUGAAAUAUGUAUUAAAAACUGACAUUUACAGACGAAGCAUCUCCCACAACAUUAACAGGAGCACCAACCAGUCAGUAGAUGAAAUGAUGGAUUGUUUUUUCUCAUCUCACAGAGCAAUUUAACUGUGCUUCACAACACCCACAGACUGUGUAUGAUAUGGCCGAUGAGAUAUUUGUUUUUGAUAUGAGAUGUUGCUACUAGAGUUCAACAUUUUCCAUCGGUAAUUAUGAAAUAUAUACAUAUGACCUUUGAAUCUUAAUUAGAUCACGUAAACUCUAAUCUGAGCUCAACCAGUUCCUCUUCUUAUUAAACCAGUUACACAGAUUCCUCCAGACCCCAGUGAAGCUAAACUCUUUCAUUAUAAAACCCUGACAAAGCAAACACCCGCUCCAUGACACGACGGGCGACAAGGAGACGAUAUCACAGCAGCUCAGAAAUACACUGGCCUGUCUGCAGCAUGUUACCUUGUGGGACUGGAAUAAAGAUACUGUGCCAUUGGUGCUUUUCUUUGCCCCAUCUAAAAUACAGCUGUACCUCGCUUCUUCUCAUUUGCUGCCAAUGUGCCCUCUUUUUUUUUUCUUUCUUAGACUUAGAAACCAGACCGGGUGGACAGAGGAAAGCAGAGAAGUGAAUGAAUAAAUAAUUUGUUCCAUCUAUUAUUGAGAGUAAACCGGCGGAGGCUGGAAUCUCCUCCUCCCUGAACCCCCAAACAAACCUCCAGUGUUAAAUAGCCCCCAGUUUUGUGAAGAAACAGUUGCUUUUUUAGCCAAAUACGUCUUGUAUCACUGUAAUGUUUUAAGUAAGGCUUUUGCCGGCGACAAUAGGCUUUGCUGCAGUUACUUGUGGAGAUUAAGCCAACUUCUCUGCUGCUUUAUUUCUUUACAGACGUUUUGUUAUUUACCACAAAAUUACCUUUUACCCUCGGGGAUCGGUAAGAAAUGUCUUUCAGUGCUGCUGCCGAACUGAGCCUCUGACACACAAGUUCAACAAGAUUAGCCGUUUAAUUAUUCAUGAUUUAUUAUUCUGUUGUUAUUUUUAAUACUUUGUUGUGAGAUGUCUGAAAUCUGAAGAGUGGUGCUGAAUGAACAAAUGCACUGAAAGACAACUGCUGCUCCUGCUGUGCCACUGUGGAGCCAGAUCUAUUGAGAUUGAGUGAGCAUGUCUCUCGUGCGUCUUCUGAAGUGACUCUUACUACGUGUACAAACUCCUUCAGCGGAGUUCUGUCCUCGGCCAAAUCACAGUGCGAGAUCACUGACUCGGACUUGACUCUGAAAUGUGCCUCGUGUAGCAUUGUGCUGGGUCUCUGCUCUCUGAAUAACCUCUGACUUCUGAUUUCACUACAUGUGCAUCUUAAACUUACUUAAAUUGAGCUUUACUAGGUUUCUUGAAAGGUCUGGAAAAUACAUGUUCUCUUUAGGGUGGAGGGAGGAAAACUGUAAACCUUCAGGAAGUGGAACAUCUACUCUGUAAAGUGCCAGCUUUACUUACUGAGACAGACUUACACAAAGCUGACUGGUAGAAGUUGUUUUUUACCAGAAUCUCACAUUAUCUCUCCCAUGUCUGAUCGAUAACGUAUUUCCAGAAGAUGGAAAGAAUUCAUUGUGGCAGAACCCAUAAAUGCUUAGUCCACUUUGAAAAGGAUGAGAGAUUGGACGGAUGGAUCUGCCACUUACUGCAGAGGAAGGCUGCAUCUCAGCAGGUUUUGUAUUACGUCUUUUUUUGCUGUGUCACGCUGCAGUCGAUGCUCACGGCCCCACAGCAUGAAAACAUGUGGACUGAUGCUCCGCGCUUUACAUGGGGCCGCAGUGCAGAGGAUCCUUUCAGUCUAUUGAGAUUCAGCUAAAACGCCACAUGAACCUUUGCUCCUUCACCAACUAAUAUACAUAAUGUAAGAAGAAACGAUGAAAGAAGAAAUGUAACGGAGUUUAUUUUUUCUAUGCUUUGUAGAAAUAUUCAGUGUAGAUACACGUGUAAAUGUAUAAAUAUGUGUCUUUUAUUGUGCAAGUGCUCAAGGUGAAAAUGAAAAUGUUUACAGUGAAAUCCGUGCGGUGGUUAAUGGAAUUGGAUAUGAAAACGUUUGUAUGUGAUGAAUGAUAGUUCUUCAGCUUUGAAUUUGAGGACGGUAAUAAUGAUUCUAGCUUGGCAGUGUAUAAUGUAUUUAUGGUGAAUAAAAACACAAACUAACUUUUACAGUA